AUGGAAACAUUAGCUGGAGUGUUAAAUGCUCUCAUAAAUACUACAAUAAACAAGGAUAACGAAGAAAACUUAAUGAAUGUUAAACUUAUUGCAGGAGUUUUGAAGUUCAGUUAUGUGAAGGAGUUUAAGAUAACACGAAUGAGUCAUAGAGUACAACUUCUUUUGGGUGCAUACCAUAUGACAUUUCCUUUGAAAAGUGUUGACAAAACGAUUGAGAUGAAAUCUGUUCCAUACGUAUGUUAUGGUAAUUGUUUAUACAUUGAGUCUAAAAUAGCUAAUGUCACAGGCAUUUCAGGAGUUAAUAGUAAAGGUUCAGUAGAAUAUAAAUCCUUCUGUUAUGCAGUCAAUUCAAUGUUCAUUCCAAACGUUCCUGUCAUAGCAACUCAUUUAGGUAAAUGGGUUCGCAUUAGUCCUCAUAAUUUGAAAGACAUGCAAUUCAGACUUGUUGACUUUCAAGGAGAGCCUGUAGAACUGAAGGCACCAGUGCGAAUGACUGUUGAAGUUGACUUUUUAGAAAAUAUUAAAUGCAACAGCUUACAAGAGAACUCAGAGCUAAAAAUAUAA